UUUCACCUUCAUUCUUUCUUUCUUCUAGUUUCCCUCUCAUCAUCAUCAUCACUCUUCAUUGUUCUUUCAUUCCCACAUGUUGUAACCUGUAACCCUCCUUCACUCCCAAUUUCAAUCAUGGCUGAUGGUUCCUCAUCAUCCCCAAUUCAACCCACAAUCUCCAACACCACAACACCCAUAGAUCAACAACCCCAAACCCUACCCGAUUCCACCAUUGCCCAAAUCACAUCAACCUCUUCACAACCCAAUUCAUCCAACGUUGUAUCCCAACAACAAUUGAUCCAACAACAGCAACAGCAACAGCAACAAAGCAAUCUAAUGGGAACAGGAACAGGAGCAGGAACGGGAACAGGAACGGGAACGGGAACACCCAAUUUUCAAAUUCAUCAACAGGGUUUACAGAGGUCUCCUUCGAUGUCACGUGCGAGUCACGUGCAACAGCAGCAGCAGCAGCAGUAUGGUUUGGGUGCGGGUAAUUUGAAUGCUGCGAGGGUUUACGGGCAGGUGAGUUUUGGAAGCGGGCAGCAACAGAAUCAGCAAAUGGGGCAGAUUGGGAAUAAUGCGAAUUUAGCCCGGUCAAACUUGAUGGGUCAAACGGGUCAUCUUACUAUGUUGCCUAAUCAAGCUGCUGCUGCUGCUCAGCUUAAUUUGCAGUCACAUUUGUUAGCUUCGCCGAGGCAGAAGACGGGGUUAGUUCAAGGUUCUCAGUUUCAUCCCGGAAAUACAGGUGGGCAAUUGCAAGGAAUGCAGAUGGGGAUGAACAUGAUGAAUUCCUACACUAUAAAUAAUCAAAUUCGGUCAAACGGGUCUCUUGCUUUUAACCAACAAAGGAUGAAUCAGGGGCAGAUGAGACCGCAAUUGCAACAGCAAAACGCACUAGCGUCUGGUCAGAAAAUGCAGGCACAGGGGCUAUCGAGGACGUCAUUCAUGAACUCACAGCUGUCACAAUUAGGUCAAAAUGGUCAAUUAGCGAUGCUGCAAAACAAUCUAACAACACAACAAUGGCCGAAGCAAAUGCCUACGAUGGCAGCGCCUAAUUCUCCGUCGUCAUUUCGACUUCAACAACAACAACAACGGCAACAACAACUUUUAGGUCAACAGCUUCCUUCUCAAUUGCACAACUCAAUGUCGUUGAACCAACAACAUUUAUCGCAAAUGAUUCAACAACAACAGCAGCAGCAGGUGAAUCAGCAACAACAACCGAUUGGACAUCCGCAGCAGCAACAACUGCCAGGUCAGCAACAACUUUUGCAGCAGCAGCAGCAGUCUCCGAGAAUUGCAGGAUCUGCUGGUCAGAAAUCGCUAAGUUUGACCGGAUCGCAACCCGAUGCAACUGGUUCCGGGACCACCACUCCAGGUGGCAGUUCAAGUCAAGGGACUGAAGCUAGCAAUCAUCUUCUCGGUAAACGGAAAAUUCAAGAUUUGGUCGCACAGGUAGAUCCAAAUGCAACUUUAGAUCCUGAAGUUGAAGAGCUUCUUUUGAUGCUUGCUGAUGAAUUUAUCGAUUCGGUUACUUCAUUUGGAGCCACCUUGGCGAAACAUCGAAAAUCUUCGAUUGUAGAAUCAAAAGAUGUGUUGCUACACCUAGAAAAGAACUACAAAUUAACAAUCCCUGGAUUCUCAAGUGAAGAGAAGAAACAAGAACAAAACAACCCAGCAACCGAUCUCCACAAGAAGCGUAUCGAUAUGAUACAAGGACUGAUGGAAAACUCGUACUCUGAAGCAAAUAUGAGUAAUUCUAAACCGGACCCACGCAACCAGUUUGGGCCCAAUCAGUUGACCAGGCCUUCCCCAAGUUCGGACCAACUGAACCAUCUUUCAAACCCUAGUCAAAACCAGCAACAUAAACAAGCGUUCGAUGGUUACUAGUUCAGUCUUGAUGUCUAACCAUACCGCUCAAAUAUCAGAAUGGAGGGUGUGGAACACAUGAGAUGUUAAAUAUAGGAGAUAUAGGGAUAGUUGCAGUCAACAAACAGAUAAUAUAAAUUAUGCAGCUUAGUUUGAGGACAAGUUUUAAUUUUGGUUUUUACAAAUUGUGAUUUAACCAUGUUUAUGUUAAUCAAUUUCAUAUUUUGUUAUU